AUGUCGGAUGCAGCCCGCUGGAAAGCAACCGUCUACGUCGGUGGCUUGGCACCACAGGUUACGAACGCCAAUGUGGUAGACGCCUUUAUCCCAUUUGGUGAGCUCGUCGAGGUCAAACUGCCAAAGCCCGAUACUUCCAAUUCCGGAGAAACACAUAAGGGCUUCGCAUACGUCGAGUUUGAAGACAGCGCAGAUGCCAAAGAAGCUAUCGACAACAUGGACCAAGCAGAGUUCUUUGGGCGAACAUUGAAAGUCUCUCAAGCAAAGGUGCCGAAAAGUGCGCAAGAAGGCCUUGGCAGUAAAACUGCUAUCUGGGACCAGGAGGGUUGGCUGGCUGGGAACGCCGAGGGUGAAGCUGACGUGCAGGCUUCCGCCGGCCCGGAUCCUAUGCAAGGCUUGGAGGACUUGGAUGUGGCUGGGCCAAAACCGCAAUAA